GUACAUUGUCAGUUAAUUAACUUUCUGAAUUAAUAGGUUCACCAUAGAAUAAUAUCAUCUAGUUAAUCUAUAUAACAUUCUAACAUAUUAGCAAAUUAAUUCAUAAAUUAUUCUGUGUAAUUCGUCUCUUACAAAUAUUAACAGAACAAAAAUGGAAGGCUAUUCAGUAAUGUUGAUAUUGUCUUGUAUUUUAUUAAGCGUGUAUGGCGUAUUUUCGGCACCUUGGACUCAACCGUUGCAGAAAGGUCCCAUUUGCACAUCACACAGUGGACUAUGUGACGUCACAUUUGAAAUAAGCGAAAAUGAUCCUCUUGCAGGCCAGAUGAAAUACAAGUCUUCGUCGCAGAUAUGUGACUGUCCGGGACAAACCAAGUGCCCGGUCAAUACAACCGACUUGUCACGUGUUUUCUUUCAGGAAAUGUCUUCACCAGGUCAGACAAUAACAACGAGGUUAAGUUAUUGUGACAGAAAGUCAUUUCCGGUUCGGGAUUGCAACCAGAACGAAGUUGCAAUGACGUUGCGGGGUCUUGGACCAGUUAUCGCCGAUAUCGUAGGUGACGUGAUAUGUAGAUGUUCAGGUCCGCUUGUAUUGCACAGAGCCAUGCCUGAUGGAAUUUAUUCUAUCAGAGAAUAUACAUGCGGAAAGCCGACCUGCAACGUCAACAGCAGUAAGCCACCUGUGUGUGAACGUGUCUCCCACAUACUGUCUAUGUUUGGCUUCAGCACGGAAUCAGAAUUACCCUGCCAAUGUCCAGACGGAUUCAUUUGUAACACUGACAAUCCAACAAUGUUGAGCUCCAUGUUUGAAACCCCUACAGAGUUCCACUGUGAACUGGCACAGUAAACAUUUAUGAAAAAUGUUUGAACAACGCAAACAUAAUUUUGUUGCAGUUUAUCUUCACCUGAACCAAUAGUUCAGGCUGGUUUGAUGGUAUACGUAGAUGACUGGUUCCGGAUCUACAUUUAUUCGGUCACACAUUCGCUGUUAACUCUCUAGAGGUCAAAACUUUAGACCAGUGUUCAUGAAAUGUUUGGUCAGAAUGCUUGCCUGAAUAGAUCAUCAAGCUAAUUUCAUGCUGAGUGGUCUUGGAUUAUAACUUAUUAAGACACUAGAACAGAAAAAUAAAACAAACUAUCUUAACUCUACAUAUUACAUUUUACCUGAUCAUCGGAAAGCUUUCCUAUGUUUGUAUAUAAGUUAGUGUGAGUUGAAAAUAACGUCACGUGAUCAAAUCAUACAGAAACAUGCUAAAACUUAUUCGUGAUAAACGUGAAAACUGAUCCAAUUUUUCGUCUAUUUAAUUACUUAGACUGAACUGUCUAUGGUAAAAGAAACAAGGUUGCCAGCUUGAAGCAUCCGUGCAGUCUGAUUAUAGUCUACACUGUUCGCCAUUCAGUCAGUAUCUUUUUGGUAAACACCCUUUUUAACAGUUAAUGAUACUGUCCAAGUUAAAAGACGGUCAGGUUCACUGUAGAAAUUUAGCAGGGUAAGGGUUAAAACCGAAUUAUAUUUUAUUUGCCUGACAGGAAAUCUUGCCUGAAUGUUUACCUCGAGUACGAAGUGAAAAAUGGAUUUGCUGAUAUUUUUCUAUGCUUCACACUUUAAAUUUUUGAAAAUCGAGUUACAGCCUUGUUGCACUGAGCCAUCGCAAAACUAUUUUUAUGUUGAAACUUAUAUAACGUUUUAGUAUAUAUUAUUUUAGAAAUCGCAAGCGGUGGUGGGGGUGGGGGUGGGGGUGGGGGUGGGGGAGUCUAAUGAGAAAACUUUAAAUAAAGUAAACUAAAACAAUCGCUAAGAAAUAAAGUUUCAUCGAAUUAUAUUGCAAUUUGUGUAUGUUUAUCAGUGGCCGUACUGUUGAAAGUUUCGUAGGAAGUAAAUAAUAACAGAAUGAAGUAAAACGAUAUGAUUUACAAUUAUCCAUAUUCGUUCAGUUUUACAAAUUUAAACUUUUUAUGUUACAGGCAGGGCGUUAUGUGGUCUGAUGAGAAACAAAUUAUAACAUUGUUCAAAGAUAAAAUAUACACAGAGAUAAUACUAUCCACAUAAAAGCUAAAUUGACCCCUUAAACAGAAUCAUGAUCAGUUUACUUUUUUGAAUAUAAGGAACGUAUUUUAUUUUGUGUUUCCUCUUCAUAUUAUUGUUGCUAUCUAAUGAACCCAUUGUAUCCAAUAAAAUUGAUAAACUUUGAA